UUUACUUUUGAUUUAAUUAAAUGAGUGAUUUUCCUUAAAAACCCUAUUAAGAAACUGGGAUAAUCAUGGUCGGUUCUUACCAACUUUCCGUUUAAUUUUGCGCCAAACAAAAAUGUUUCCUUCGCUUGCGUUAGCGACGGCACCAAUGCCCUUGACGAUUAUCUCUGCCACAAGACGGUCCCAAGUCACGCAACUUAACGCAAAGAAAACCAAACCGGAGAAGAAGCGGGCAACGACGACGACGUCGACGAGCGGUUUCUCCGGAGGAACAGCGAAGGAGCUGACGUGGCAAUGCAUAGAAGGCUGUGGAGCUUGCUGUAAGCUCGCAAAGGACUUCGCUUUCGCCACACCUGACGACGACCCCGAUGACGUUGAGCUGUAUCGAAGCAUGAUUGGUGAUGAUGGGUGGUGUAUAAACUACGACAAAGCUACAUGCAAGUGCUCCAUUUAUGCUGAGGUUUUCAAGACUCUCUACGGGAUCGAAGAAAAGAAAUUCAGCAAGGAAACUUGCAGCUGCUGCAUUGAUACCAUUAAGACGAUACAUGGCUCAGAUUCCAAAGAACUAGAUAAUUUCUUAUCAGAAAACAUAAUUUUUGAAAGCCUCUUGUUUACUAGAAACCUCGAUGAUGGUUCUUAUUUCAAUGGCUCCUCCUUCCCAGUUCCUGCUCCUUCAUACAGAAAAACCUCUCAGAAGAUUGAUUAUGGAUUCAAGCCUGGAGGUAACAGUAUUUCUGCUACACUCCAUAAAUUUUGUUUUCCAAGAACCUCUAAAUAAGAAACUCCCAUUGGAGCACAAAAAUGUUGGUGUCUCUUAACUUGAUCUCUUAAGUAAUAUUUAAUACUUAAAAAUCAUUAAGAAACCCAAAAUGGGUUUUUUGGUUAAUGAUGCUCUUAGCAUUCAUCUCGGAUCAUCCUGUCUUGUUUAAAGAAAAAGUGAUGGGUUUUGUUGUUCACGUGGUUCCUUUUAAAUAUUAGUAUAACGUUUUUCUUGUAGUCUGAGGAGUUAUAUAUUAAUUUGGAUGCGAUUAUUUAUAUAAUUAUUAAACACAUAUAACUUUUGUUUUGUUUUUGUGUGAUGGGAAUAUGGUGAAAAUUGAGAUCGAAGCAAAGAUAAGUACUUAACAUUAUAGAUUCCAUUGUGUGUAAGCCUCUUCUUUACUCAACAAUUUAUUAAAGUUCCAACAACUCAAAUUCAAAUCUUUGCCUUUUAUAUUCUUUGGUAACGUGAUGUAUGUAUAUAUUCGGCUUUUUAAUAAAACCAUAAUUACCAAGCAUAUAUUAGCAAUGUAGUGUAUGGCAAUGCAAAUUCGAUUUUAAAAUACAUGAUGUUAAUAUCUUAAUGUUUUUACAUGAACAAACGAACAAGCUCACAUUUGAAUAUCCAUGAUAUUAUGGAUGUUUUGAGUAUUUACAAGUAUACUAGUUGUUCCGACACACAGAUGCUACACGUGACAAGAAUAAUAUUUACAUUAUUAAAAAAAGACUAGCAGCCUAGCACACACUGGUGUAAACAAAAAAAAUACAGUUGAAAUUAAAGUUUCUUUUAAAACACGUUAAUAAAUCAAAU